GUAUCCCAAAUGGGGACUGUUGAUUGCAGUUGUAUGAGUCAGCUCUAAAAGGGGUACAUCCAUAUAUAUAGUUUUUUUGUUUUACCUUUUAGUUCAUUCAUUCAUAUAGGGCAUGGCGUGAUGUAGAGAGAGAGAGAGAAAUAAAGAACCCGAUUGGAAGAAAGAAAAAGAAGGACGCCAAUAAGAAAUUACUAGGCUAAUGGUAUUCAGUCACGGUCAUGACCUGGUUUCUUCUCUAGGUCCGUCUCGAGCCGAGCCGUAUUACCAAAAAAAUUCAACGUCUGGGCUCUGGGGUUUCUGUAGUAAAACAUACUGACGGCGUGUUGUCGAUGAUGCCCACCAGAAACUUAUGUGUUUGCGAAUGAAAGAAAGACUUUAUCACAAAAUUGCUUGAGUAAUGUGAUACAACAUAUAAAACGUUGGCCGAUUUCACUUGAGGAAUUGAGGUUUUGUUGGUGAAAACAACACAGUUCGAGUUUUGCUUGGUUUCUACUAUAACCACCAGGUUCGCUGGUAUUUGGACUUUGAAUUGCAGCCGCACGGGUCUAAGCUCGACGCCACAGUGUAAACUCAUCUUGUGUCAAUCCACUCAACCUGUAUGCCAUGUUGAGAACCAUUGGAAACGGACACUUCUCGUAUUUUCUCCUCUUGUAAAGUUCCCUACUGUGAGUGGAGUUAUUAAUUUUCAUCCAUCGCGAUUGAUUUGCGCGCAGUUUAAUCGUAAUCUACCGAGAAAUGUCUACAGAAGAUGCGUUUCGAGCUGCUGUCAACAUCAUUCGUAGCAUGCCAAAAGAUGGGCCGUUUCAACCUUCACCUGACUUGAUGCUCCGUUUCUAUGGAUUAUACAAGCAAGCCACGGAAGGAAAAUGCAAUCAACCAAAGCCAUCUUUCUGGGCUGUGAUCAACAAAGCAAAAUGGGAUGCUUGGAAAUGUCUAGGAAACAUGCCAAAAGAGGAGGCAAUGAAGAAAUAUGUGGAAGAGCUCAAACAAAUCAUUGAAACCAUGUCCUACUCUGAUAGUGUGGCUAAUUUUAUGCAUGUUCUGGGCCCUUUCUACGAGGCAGUAUACGACGGACAAGAGCCCGAGAAUCUGCGCCGAAACCCGUCUCCCCAGUUGUCGGAAGGGAUGGACAAGGACCAACAAGAAGACGAAAGUGGCUAUAGUAGUAGCAUUAACGGUACCGGAGCGGAAGAAACAGUAGAAAGCGCUGAUCUGGAAACCGAGAACAACAACAAGCCGCUGGUCGUUGAGGAGGAAGACGAAUCGGUGGAAGAGGAGGAAGAACCAGUUCUUGUUACCACGCUAUCACCUGCCACAAGUUUGGCCUCACUUUACGCUUCUGAAAAGUUUUACAGUGAUGCCGAGAGUGACGACGAGUACAAGGAUCCCUUGCCCGACUUCUAUCCGCAAUCCAAAUCGUUCCAUUCGGCCAUGAAUAAGUCAUCCAGCGCUGAUUCGGGUGAGCAGUUACACGUAACAAUGGCCAUUCAGCGACUUCAGGCCGACUUGCAGUCAAUCAACAGCCGUCUGGAAGCGUUGGAAUUACACCGGAAGGAGAUGACAUUGAUGGACAAUGGAAGGCAAGCCACUACGAAACACAGCACGGUCGAACAGGUGGGCUCGUUCGCCGUCACUUACGGUUCCAUUCCCUCGGUCAACCAGCUGUCUCUGCCUGCUUGGUUUCCGUUCAAAAACGUGAAUGUGGCAACCAUCGCCGUCAUCCUUGGUUGGCCUCUACUCGCUCAAUACCUCUUUGCCCGAUUACAUCAUCGUCAUUCGGCCGUUUAAAAACAAGGGAAUAGCAUUAGGGAACGGCAUCUGACACAAAAAAUCAACACCACGACGACAACUACAUCUUAUGUGUUAUUCUUAAUACGUCUUCUAAGCCUUUUUAAAAUUAAAAAAACAAAAUCUUUUUUCAGAUUUUCGUCCAUUUUCCACAAAAUGGGUGCUUCAGUUUCAAUCGGGCAAUUUUUCAUUUAAAAAGGAAACAAAUACGACACGGGAAAAGAAAGAAUUUAUUGACAUUUUAUAUACAUACACAUUUGAUAUAUUUUUUUUCCAUGAACUUUCUUGAUCGCGGAUAUUGAAUCCCCUCGUUCCCAUUGGCAUCAAUGCCUCUUAUCCCCUUUUCACAGUUUUUAUUUCAUCCGCAAUACUCGUGAACGCCUUACCGUUGAUGGUCAAUUACUGCUGGUUGUGUGUAUGUGUGUGUGUGUGUCUCGAUUAACGUGAUGUUUUUUUUUCCUUCAUAUUUUUUAUUCUACAAAGUACUGCACAUUCGGAGUUAGUGAGAAACAGCAGCAUGUGUCUACGUGUCCCCCCUCUUCCUUAUAUUUGUUGGGGAGAACAAAACAAAGACUAACAUUUUUCAAUCUUUUCCGAGAUAUUUCUGUGCGCCAAGCGAAAAGAUUUAGAUUGAUUCAAACUGUUUUCCACAAAAAAAAAAGGUUCUUUAAUUUUCUUCUAUCAGGAGAAAAAAAUCAUACUCGUGUUUUUAAAAUAGAAGAAGAAACAUACAGUUGUAAAGGAGUUGCAAUUCAACGGGGUAACUAUACAUAAAUACACGACAGUUGUUAUUAUUAAAA